AUGUCGCGCGAAGCAACAACGAACAGCUUCGCGUCAUUUGGCUCCGACUUUGACCCUGAGCACGAGGCGCUCGCGUCCACCAAGGAGCUCGGUCAUGGUAGCCCCCGGCUUCCGUCCAUGCACACCAACGCCCGGAAGCGCCACGAGUACGAGGAAGAAGAGCCCGAUUAUGCUUUCAACACAUCCACCUUCGAGCAAUAUUUACCAGAUUUCUCCCCGGUCGGCACGUCCGAAGAAGAAGAAGAGGCCGACAACGACGACAGCAUCUCCAUCGAGGCCGGACGAGGCCCGACGAAACCUCCCCGUCGACUGGACGACUCGAGAAACUCCUACAUGAGCAUCGAAAACAGCGUUCGCUCGUCGUCACCCGCCGUUAGACUCGAUUAUCCUACUUCUAAUACCCCUCAAAAGUCCGCUCUGCGGAACCCGGCGAGAAGAGCGGUCAGCGAUAGUCUCCGAAAGGAUGCGCAAAUCAGACGCGCCAGCCUUGCCCAUAAGGAGAACGUUGAUCCUCACACAGCCAAGUCGAACCGCAAAGAGCGACGAACUUUGUCAGACAUGCACGCAAAGGUUCGCGAUACAUAUGAAGGAUCCCUGAUUGAGGACGAAAGACCUCCGGCUAUGGCCAACAGUACGCGUCCGACACGUUUUGGAAACCCCAACCUCUCUCAUCAGAUUGCCGAUGCGGUGGAGAAGGCUUCCCAGGAGGCUUAUGCUCGCGAACUUCGUCGUGGAAAGUCUAGCACCAACUCGCGCAACAUGGCCCACAAUGCGGGUGAUACGGCUACUCAGCAGUCAUUCCUACUACCGGAUCUUCCGAACUUGUCUGAGUUGGUCUCGGGCGUCUAUGAAGACGGCACACCCGUGUAUGCGCGUCAGAACAGAGCACGGACGACGCGCUUUGUCUCCCCUCCACAUGAUGCUACUGAUGUUUCGUUGACCCGCGAACACAUGCCGCUAGAUGCCGUCCCCAUUCCGGAAGAUGAGAAGGCACUCUUCGUUUCAUUGAGACUUUUGCAGGACAAGGUUGCAGAAUUGGAGAGAUCCAAGUCUGACGCUGAACGGAGGUUGGAUGACAUGAAGCGGGAGAAUGAGUCUUUGAGGACAAACAAGUCACGCUCAAAGGACAAGCAUGGCCGCAGCCGACCGUACGAAUCCGAGGAGGAUGACUACCGCAGAGAUCAGCUUGCCAGCGAUAACCAAAAACUGGAUGCCGCCAACUUGGCUUUGCAGAAUAAACUCGACAUUAUCGAAAGAAAGGCCCAGAUUCAGGAGUCGACUUUGAAACGGCUGAACCGAGAGCGAGACAUGGCGGUAUCACAGUUGGGGGUUGCGUAUUUGGAAAGUCAGGACCUCAAAAGCGAGAACGAGAGUCUGCGCCAGGAGAAUGCAGACUUGAAGUCGCAGAUAUCAAAGAUCCUUUCCGCGGGCUCCAGAGCCCGUGACGAUACGGUCGAGUCAGAGCAGUCUUCUAUGACUGAUGCAAGCGACGAGGAUAGCCAGCCUGAUACGCAGCAUAGCAGACAUACGAGCCGAAGCACCAGGGAAGUUACCGGCAAGAGCUCGCGAUCCAAGACUAGACGACAGGAGGACUCGCGCGCCAAGAUCUCGACGCAGGUUGACAAGGAAAUAUCCCGGCUUGAACAGGAGCGUGCAGAAGAGGCACUAUUUUCGAUCGACGUCCCCCGCACCAGGGAGAAGUCGAAGUCAAAAUCAGGAAAAUCCAAGAGCCGGUCGGAGAGCAGUGAUGUGAGCACCAGGAAGCAGUCAAACACUGGCAAACAGCGCGUCAAAAGAGUAGUUGUCGAGGAGGUGGAGGAGACGGAGCCUGUUGAGUCGAGUGGGGAGGUUACUGGAAACACCAAGAAAUCAAAUGCAACUGAGCAGGACUUGACUCUGUUGAGCUUCGUUGAUGAACGUGAAAUUGCUCAACUACGAAAGACUCUGGAAGAGGAACGCCUGGCUCGGAAACGGCGGCAGUCGAGUACAAGCAAAGAGCAGACUGCAAACGAGACCGGGAACACGACCCGGCAGAGCUUGUCCAAGUCGACGAUUCCCAGAAAGUCUUCCCUCAAGGAAAGCAAGGGGUUGCCGUCUAGACCCGCCUCGGCCAUGGGCGACUUGACCGCCAACUCCAAGGCUAGCAUGACUGAAGGAGAAAGUAACUUGUCGGUGCCUGUCGAACGCCCCAGACGGCAUUCGGACAACUCCGUGCCCGCUGCUUCUCAGCGACGCCGGCGGCGGAUGGCCGAAGAGAUGACUUCGGCCUUUAUCCUGCCUGAUAUCACAUUCAACCCUGCGCAUGUGGUGGAUAACAACCUUGCAAAGCUUCCUGAACCCGCUCAGCGUGCACUUGACAGUGCCACCAAGCACAAUGGCAAAAACUGCACGGUCUGCAAGCAGACGAUUCCGGGUGGUUCUUGUGAUCACACCGCAGAGGCAGUGAAGAUUCCCAAGCCCGUUCCAGUCUCGGAGCGUAUGCCCGAGCCGUCUGUUUACAAUGAGGAGCCUACCAUGCGGCCCGCGCAAUCGCCGGAACUUGCCCUGGCGACCGUGCUCAAGGCCUUGGAAGAUGAGCUGGCUCAUCUGAAGAUGCAGCUGGUGGCAUACCAGGGCUCAUACAACAAGCUGGAUGCCUCGCUGAGCAAGCGAAAGAGGAAGUCUCUGGGUGAGAAGAUUGAGAAGCUGUUGAAGGAUAUCGACAUGAAGGCCGACCAGAUCUAUGCAUUGUACGAUGUCCUUGAAGGCCAGAAGCAGAAUGGCCGUGAGAUGACCGAGCAGGAGAUGGAGGUGACUCUUCAGUCGAUCGGAAUUGAUACAGCAGGGCGGACAGCAGAUGUCACUGCCACCACGGACAAGUCGUCUCGCAAGGAACCGGACUCGGAAGACGACGAUGAGCUCCCUUGGGAGGGAUUUGAAAGUACGCUGGAGAUGACGGGCAGGACUGGUGGAAGCCGUCGCAACUAG